UGGGAUACAUUUCUGAAUCAAGUGACAAUCAGCUGUCAUAUUAAAACAAUCAAAAUAAAUUUGCUGCGAAGUACAGAAGACUUGAAUAGCAGGUUAGAAAACAAACGAUUUUGAAAAGGACACAAUAUGAGUUAUACUGAGAAACACGAAAAUAUUUCGAAGGAAGAUUGGAUGAAUCGGCUGGAAGGUUUGCACAUACAACGAGCUGACAUGAACAAACUUAUAAUGAAUUAUUUAGUUACUGAGGGCUUCAAGGAAGCAGCAGAGAAGUUUCAGCAAGAAUCUGGGAUUAGUCCAUCAAUGGAGCUGGAUUCUUUAGAUGACAGAAUUCGAAUAAGGGAUGCAAUUCAGAGUGGCCGCAUCCAAGAAGCUACAGCAUUGGUCAAUCAGCUUCAUCCUGAAUUGCUGGACAAUGAUCGUUACCUGUAUUUUCAUUUGCAGCAGUUGCAUUUAAUAGAGUUGAUUCGCAAUGGGGAAAUUGAGGAAGCUUUACAUUUUGCACAAGAACAAUUGUCUGAAGCUGGUGAAUCGGAUCCAACUGUCUUGAAUGAAUUGGAGCGAACUUUGGCCUUGCUAGCAUUUGAAGAACCAAAGAAGUGCCCAUUCAAGGACUUGUUGCAUCCCACACAUCGACAAAAGGUGGCUAGUGAACUAAAUGCAGCAAUAUUAAAGAUGGAGAAUAGGGAAUCAACUACUCCUAAGUUGUCAAAUCUUUUGAAACUAAUUUUGUGGGCUCAGGAUGAGCUUGAUAAGAAGAAAAUUAAAUACCCAAAGAUGUCAAAGCUUGCUAAUGCAGUAAUUGACAGCCCCAAAUGACAGCAAGCUAUUCCCAGUGAGGAACCUAUGGAUACUUCUACCUACUACCAAGGACAGUAGAGAUGGUCAAUUUGAAAUCGCAGUAUUUGUUUGAUCUGUACUCUGAAUGUGCUGAUUUUGAUGAAUAUUUAAUAUUAACAGCAUAGCUCAGCAUAAAUAUCUUAAAUGUAAGAUUCCUCUAAAUAUUUGUUAUAUUCUGUAGUGCACCACUUUUGAAAUUUAGAAGAAAAAUUUGGGAGAACAACAUACCCUCCAUGCUGGAGAAGAAAUGAAAUAAUAUUUAAUAUACAUGUAAAAGUGAGUUCCUGUGAUUCUUGUGUGACUGCUGUGAUUCCAAAGUUUCUCCUUACACACUGGAAACUUGCAGUUAACAUAAUGCUGAUAUUACUAUAUGACAUGCAUGUUUGAAUUCUAAUUAUUACUACAAAUUUAUUUGCUAUCACAAAUCAUUAACCAACCCCAGUAUUUGCUGGUUCAUGAUAGUCUCAGAAAACUAGGAGUUUUUCACAUAUUUAAAUGUUGUCUGAGUUUCAUAAGUCAACUUUGAUCUUACGUGCAAACACAUAAUAAACCGUUUUUGAACAUAUUUAAAAAAAAAUUACCUGUGUAUUGUGAGACAUAUUCAUUUUUCUGAGUAUUGAUUCUUUUCUCAUGCUUCAUUUGUCUCUACAAUAUCUGUUGGAGGUUACGAUUACCUGCUCUGUAAUAUUUUGCCAGAAAUUUGUUUAGAUAUACUCAUUAAUCUUGCACAGAAGAAAAAUUAGGUGAUUUUUUCUUCUGUUGAAGUUUAAAUUUGAUGUUUUGUGGGAAGUCCCAGCUCUCAGUGUCCAUAUACAGAAUUUCAUUCUGAAUGAAUGGAGUUGUAUUAAAUUGAAUAAUGGUAGGUCUUACCGAAUGCUAUUGAAUAAUUAUGAGGAAAUUUUGACACAGAUCGGUUACUUUUGUCUCCCACUCUUUCACCCCAAAUUCAGGCUCUUGAAAAUCCAUCUCAGAUACAGAUUUUGAUGGAAUUGGACUUUUUAACUUGAUCCAAGAUAAAAUUAUAUUUUCACAUCACAUCAUCCAUUGAGGACUGCCAUUUUCACUUGAUGGCAAAAAUUAAGAAUGUUCGUUGAAUAAAAGAUGUAUCAGCAUUUGUGAAAAUCUGCUAAAUAAAUACUUUGUAUUACAUUUAGUGUGACAAACUCUUUUUGAAAAAUAGCCACCCUUAUCUGAUGUGAACUUUCUUAUAAGACUUUUGAAUCUCUCUAAUGACAAUAGUUGAUAUGUUCAUUGUUUGGGUCCAUAGCAAAAUACCUUUCCAUAGAUAGUGAAUCAUCAACACACAACACCAAAUUUGUGUUAUAUAAUUUGAUAUCAAAUAUAGGUAGAGUUAUAGUUUGGAGUGAUAAUUUUGAACAUACCUUAAUAAUUAUGUAUUUGUGACAGUAGUCUGUUCAAGUUCUUGUGUGAAUGUGAACUUUUACCUACCAAAGUAAAUAUAUUUGCAGGAAUAGUUAUGAAAUAAAGUAGUGGGAUGGCAGACAAAUUAAUAAAAAAUUUGGACAGA